UCAAGCAUGAAUAGUAGCACUUCUAGUACACAAGGGCCUACGGCUACAUUCACCAACAAAGAUUCCAAUAAACCACUAUGGAGGUAUGUUACUAAGUUAGCUACACAUAGCGAUGCGGGGGGAAAUUUGCCUUGGAAAUGCAAUUAUUGCAAAAAGGAUUUUAGGAGUUCAUACACGAGAGUGAGGGCCCAUUUGUUGAUGAUAAGUGGAAAAGGAAUUGGAAGAUGUGGAAAAGUAGAAAAAAAAAGAUCUUUUGGAGAUGGAAAGAUUAGAUGAAGAGGUCAAUACUAGAAUAGCGAAUCUUGUGCCUAAAAAUGUACCUUUGCCCUCUUCGAGUUUAUCAAUUAGUGGUGGUGGUGGUGGUGGGAUGGAUUCAUCCUUUGACCCCAAAAAAAGGAAGAUUGGAAGUAGUAGUGGUGGUGGAGGGUCGCUUGAGAAGGCAUUCAACAUGACUCAACGGGAACAUUUAGAUUAUGAAAUUGCUAGGAUGUUUUAUUCGACGGGAUUGCCGUUUAACCUAGUAAGGAACCUUUACUUUCAAUCCGCUUUUACUUAUGCCGCUAAUCAUAAUAUUGCCGGGUAUGUACCACCGAAAUAUAAUUUGUUAAGGACCACUUUGUUGCAAAAAGAGAAGGCAAAUAUUGAUAGGUUGUGUGCACCUAUUAGAGACAUGUGGAGGGAGAAGGGUGUAAGUGUUGUGAGUGAUGGAUGGAGUGACUCACAAAGGAGACCACUUAUUAAUUUUAUGGCGGUGUCAGAUGGAGAACCUAUGUUUAUAAAAUCGGUUGAUUGUUCGGGAGAAAGAAAGGAUAUGCAUUUCAUUUUUAACUUGUUGAAAGAAGUAAUCAAUGAGAUUGGCCAUGAGAAUGUGGUUCAAGUAAUUACGGAUAAUGCGUCAAAUUGUAAGGGUGCGGGACAACUCAUUGAGCAAGAAUUUCCAUCCAUUGUUUGGACGCCUUGUGUGGUGCACAGCCUUAAUCUAGCUUUGAAGAACAUUUGUGCCGCAAAGAAUGUGGAGAGCAAUCAAGUAAUUUAUGAUGAAUGUAGUUGGAUUUCAGAGAUUGUUGAUGAAGUUAUGAAAAUCAAACAUUUCAUCAUGAACCAUUCCAUGAGAUUAGCAAUAUACAAUGAGUUUGUUAACUCGGAGUUGCUUUCCGUAGCGGAUACACGUUUGCUUCGAUGAUUGUGAUGCUUAGGAGGUUUAAGUUGAUAAAAAGUGGUCUUCAAAGCAUGGUCAUUUGUGACAAAUGGAAUAUCUAUUGAGAUGAUAAUCAAGGGAGGGCUAAGUUUGUCAAGGAGAAGGUGUUGGAUGAUUUUUAGUGGGAUUCAAUUGAUUAUAUACUUUCAUUUAUGGCUCCUAUUUAUGACAUGCUUAGAAUUUGUGACACCGACAAGCCUUGUCUUCACUUAGUUUAUGACAUGUGGGAUUCAAUGAUUAAAAAAGUGAAGAAAGCUAUAUAUGAGCAUGAAGUGAAAAGGCUAGAUGAGGAGUCUACAUUUUAUGAGGUGGUUCAUACAAUUCUUGUGGAUCGUUGGACUAGAAACAACACUCCACUUCAUUGCUUGGCACAUGCCUUGAAUCCUAGGUACUAUAGUGAUCAAUGGCUCAAUGAAGAUCCUUCUCGAGUUUCUCCAUACAAGGAUAACGAGGUCAUCCAAGAGAGGAAAAAUGCUUUAGGAAAUACUUUCCUAACUUGGAUGAGCGAACCAAGGUGAAUUUGGAGUAUGUAGAUUUUGCAUACAAAAAUGGGGAGUUUAGAGAAUUUGAUUCCAUUUAAAGUCAGUAUUCUA